GAAGAAGAAGAAGAAGAAGAAGACGCCACAUGAUUGGCCAUGACGUAGUUCCCAUCUGAGCCCAAUGUAAACGCCUGUAUUGUGUAAGUGUCCCGGCGUCCUUCCAUCAUCCAGCAAAAAUGCCGACGUCGCCCGUCAAAACGCGGAUCCCCCUCACCAGCUUCGGCCAUCUGAUCACAGAGGUGAAGAGACAGCUGUUUGGCAUCGAGGCCCCGGCUUCUGUGGAACUGACUGGUUGGAGGAAAUACUUUAAUAGCUACACUCUGCAGGGGCGUCGAAAUUGUGUCUUGGCUUCUUAUGGAGUCUUGGCUGUAACGGCAGCUGCCUACUUGAUACAUAGACAAAACAAAAAAAACCCUCCAGCUCCGCAGCCUGAGAGUUCAGAUCUUACACGGUGACGAUUAUAUUCACAGAAGGAAACGAUGGGACACUGCAUCUGAGAGUGAGAAAGUUGACAGCUUGUCUUUUGUUAAUAAAGGCUGUGCAAAUGCUCA